CCAGGUUUAGGCGGACACCUGAGCUACGGCAACGCGGCCGAUUCCCAAUUCUGCCUGGAAAAUAGGGGUUUUAUACCCCGACGCCCACUUUAAGUUCAGUGCUUGCUCAUGUGAUGAUGAAUGGCCCAGGUCGCAGCUCAUGCAGCGGAUGCAUGAUGAUCAAGCUGGCGACAGUCGGACAGGCGCAGCUCAUGGUGGUCUGAAGUGCACAGAUUGCUAAGCCAAAGGCCGCAGCCUGGGAAAUCAAGCUUGCCUCCUCGAAAAUAGUAUCGAGUUGGGCCAGCAUUCAUGAAAGCUUUGAGAGAUUUCUCUGUGGUGUGCUUCGCAAUUCCGGCAGUAUGUGGGAGGAGAUUUGGAGUUCGAAAUUGAGUUUCUCAAGGGAAGGAUAUGUAGACUGUCUGACUUGUCACUUGCACACAUGUAGAGCUGCUAUCUUAUUUGUCAAUUUGACGGGCGUACCAUGACUUCAUUGGCGGCGAAGUUUCUGGUCAUCUUCGAUUUUGAUUGGACGCUGAUCGAUGACAACAGCGACACCUAUGUAGUGGAGCAGCUGGGAGCGGGCGACCUCAUGCUGAGCCUCAGAAAGGAGCUCCCCUGGACACAGCUUAUGGAUCGCAUGAUGCACGAGCUACACCUGAGGGGGCGGACUUUGCCUGAGAUUGAUGCUUGCCUCCCCCGAAUCCCCCUCCAUAAAGCAAUGGAUAGGGCCAUCCGAGGCACGGCAGCAUUGGGGUGCUCUCUGCACAUUGUCAGCGACGCCAACUCCCACUUCAUCGCCACCAUUCUUGCCGCCCACGACCUAACGGACUGCUUCAGUUCCGUACACACAAACCCGGCGGAGAUCGACUCCUCGGGUGCGCUUCGCGUUUUUCCGUUCCACUCCCUAGGGCUGCCACCCCACGGCUGCCCCCUAUGCCCGCCAAACAUGUGCAAGGGACUGAUUCUCGACAAGCUCGUGGGUGACCCCCGGCCAGACGGGCUCCACGUCAUCUACCUGGGGGUUGGGGGCGGCGACUACUGCCCCAGUCUGAGGCUCCGACGGGGAGACCAUGUCCUAGCGAGGGCGGGUUUUCCUCUUCUGAAGCGACUACAGAAUGUCGAGAGUGGGUAUAAGAGCGAAGCGACGGUACACGUUUGGGACUCCGCAGAAGAUGUUGAGAGAUUAUUGUUAGGUCGGAUACCUGCGGCAACGGGAGAGAAUCGUGACAAUGACUUCUUGAGCGAACUCCCUUACACAGGUCAAAGUAUUAUACUGGACGAGCUACAGAUUGACAAUUGCAAUGGAUGAAUUGAAGUCAAAUCAAGCAUUAAGCAAUUGCUUCAUUAUGUAUACGUCUCCACUGUUUUGCUAUUCAGUGAAGGCCAGCUUGAAUUGAGAGCUGUCUGGAGAAGAGUGGCUCUUUGAGCGAUCAGUUUCGUGCACGGGAGUAGACUGUGUAGACUGCCCUAUUUCGUCAAUGAUAAGUGUCCGCAAGAUAUGCAUGGUGCAGACUGCAAUUGUGGAC